CCGCGGUGCGGGGCUCCCGGGGCCGGGCGGGGUAACCGUGUCCGCCCCGCAGCAUCGCGGCGGGGCCGGCGGCGGGAGGAGCGGCAGCGGCGCCAUGGGGCACCCGCCGCUGGAAUUCAGCGACUGCUACCUGGACAGCCCUGACUUCCGAGAGCGGCUCAAGUGCUACGAGCAGGAGCUGGAGCGGACCAACAAGUUCAUCAAGGAGGUGAUCAAGGACGGCAACGCGCUCAUCGCCGCCAUACGGGGUUACUCCUCUGCAGUACAGAAAUUCUCCCAGACUUUGCAGUCCUUUCAGUUUGACUUCAUUGGUGACACACUGACAGAUGAUGAGAUCAAUAUUGCUGAGUCCUUCAAGGAGUUUGCAGAACUGCUCCAGGAGGUAGAGCUGGAGAGAUCCAUGAUGGUGCAGAAUGCCAGUGAUCUGCUGAUCAAACCUCUGGAAAGCUUUCGCAAGGAGCAAAUAGGAUUCACCAAGGAGAGAAAGAAGAAGUUUGAGAAGGAUGGUGAGAAGUUCUAUUCCAUGCUGGAUCGCCAUUUACAUUUGUCUUCCAAGAAGAAGGAAUCCCAGUUACAGGAGGCUGACCUUCAAGUUGACAAAGAGAGACACAAUUUCUUUGAGUCCUCCCUUGAAUAUGUGUACCAGAUCCAGGAAGUUCAAGAGAGCAAGAAAUUCAGUAUUGUGGAACCGGUGCUGGCUUUUCUCCACAGCCUCUUCACCUACAACAAUCUGACAGUUGAGCUCACGCAGGAUUUCCUCCCUUACAAACAGCAGCUUCAGCUCAGCCUGCAGAAUACAAGGAAUCAUUUCUCCAGCACACGGGAGGAGCUGGAAGACCUGAAGAAGAGGAUGAAAGAAGCUCCUCUAACCUGCAAGCUACCUGGGCAGCCAACCAUCGAGGGCUAUCUCUACACACAGGAGAAAUGGGCAUUGGGCAUCUCCUGGGUGAAAUAUUACUGCCAGUAUGAAAAAGAGGUAAAAACCUUACGGAUGACACCCAUGGACCAGAAGCCUGGAGCUAAGCAAGGCACCUUAGACCUGACACUGAAAUCCUGUGUGAGGAGGAAGACCGACUCCAUAGACAAAAGGUUCUGUUUUGACAUUGAAACAAACGAAAGAUCUGGGACCAUCACGCUGCAAGCCCUCUCAGAAGCCAACCGAAGGCUGUGGAUGGAAGCCAUGGAUGGGAAGGAGCCGAUCUACCACAGCCCCAUCACGAAGCAGGAAGAAAUGGAGCUGAACGAGGUCGGCUUCAAGUUCGUGCGCAAGUGCAUCAACGCAGUGGAAACGAAAGGGAUCACCACGGAGGGUGUCUACCGGACAGUUGGCAGCAACAUUCAGGUGCAGAAGUUGCUGAAUGCCUUUUUUGAUCCAAAGUGCCCAGGGGAUGUGGAUCUCCAAAGCGGCGACUGGGACAUCAAGACAAUUACCAGCUCCCUGAAGUUUUAUCUCAGGAACCUGUCUGAACCUGUCAUGACCUACAAGCUCCACAAAGAGUUGGUCCAGGCUGCCAAGUCUGAGAACCUGGAUUACAGGCUGGGAGCCAUUCACACUUUGGUCUAUAAACUCCCUGAGAAGAACAGAGAGAUGUUAGAGCUCCUCAUCCAGCACCUUGUCAACGUUUGCGAGCACAGCCGUGAGAACCUGAUGUCACCGUCUAACAUGGGGGUGAUAUUUGGACCUACCCUCAUGCGAGCACAGGAGGACACCGUGGCUGCAAUGAUGAACAUCAAGUUCCAAAACAUAGUGGUUGAGAUCCUCAUUGAGCACUUUGGGAAGAUCUACUCUGGGCCUCCAGAAGACACCACUGCACCCCCAGUGCCUCCUCCCAGGGUGACUGCCCGGCGGCACAAACCCAUCACCAUUUCCAAACGUCCCCUUAGGGAAAGACCUGUCUUCUUUGGAGCUUCGGUGGAAGAAAGUGGAGCAGACCGGCAGGGCCAGACCCCCAACGGCAGCAGCAGUGGUGCUGGCACCGAGGCCCCCAAGCCGCUGCACCGCAGCCGCCUGCCCGCGCCCCGGCCGGGGGGGGACGAGCCAGGGCGACCACCCGCCGAGGGCAGGCCUGACCCCCAGGCAGAGGUGGGCAAGCUGGUGGCCAGGCUGCAGGACGGGGGCGUGAAGCCAGCCCCCAAGACUGCCAACGGCGUGGUGGCCAGCCCUGCACUCAGGACCUCCACCCUGCAGGCCAGGAGGCCAGCUCCCAGGCCGGGCAUCUACAGCAGAGAGGGCGAGUGCGAUGGUGUGCCUAAGCCACGGCCCCAUGGUGACAAGCCUGUGAUAACACGUCCACCUGUGAGACCUCCAGACCCACCAUGCAGGACUUCCAUCCCUCCCAGGCUGGAGCAGAGGGCAGAUCUGACAGCAGGAGCAGCAGAGGAGACGCCUUCAUCCGUGGUGGCCUCCAGGACAAAGUUCUUUGAGACAGCUUCCCGAAGAACAAGCAAUUCUUCAUCCCCACAAGGCAGGAUCCCAGGUGAUGAGAGCUGAGACUUUGUAACCACCUCGGCCCAGCUACACCCAGGAGAUCUUCUGUGCUUGUGAAAUGGCUGUGUCACAGCUGAGACUUUUCCAGUUCCAGUGCCCCUGGAGAGCAGCUCUCUUACUGGACAGCGAUUUCAGAGCUUGCUGUCACAAGUGGCUCAGGAAAUUAGAAGAGAGGGAGGUAACGCUGGAGAGCAGACCCUGCCCGGAUGUUUGUGACCAGCUGUUCCCAGGUCCUCCACCACUCCUCUCUGCACAGGCUGUGAGUGACACUCCUGUGCCCUCACAGGGACCAUUUGCAGGGCUGGGUGAGCACCAACCGGGCUGCAGAAGGGACAGGAGGCAACGAGAGCAGCCCUCUGCCCACACACCCGCUGGGAGAUGCCUCGGCAGGGAUGGCUCUGGACAGACGUUGGACUCAAGACGCAGGAGGCUGACCCCUUGUGCUUGGCUGCAGGGGUGGCAUGAACUGGGGUUUGGGUUUGCCCCACCUUGCUUUCAGAAGCUCCUUCCUUUCUGUUCUGUUCUGCCCUCUCAGUAAGCUGUGGAGUGUGUGUCAGUGUGUAGGAGCACAGUGUAUGUAACUGGAAACUCUGCUUGUGCUGUGGCAGGACAGGAACGGGGGACCACUGUGCUUAGCAACGUGGGAUGUGUCUUCAUCUGCCCCCUGGCCUCAGUGAGACUGAAUCUCCUGCCUGCAGGGCAGCACCAGGCAGGUCAGCAGCCUCCCGAGAGCACUGCUGGGAGAAGGGGGCAACAGGUGCUCCUCAUCCUCGGCCUCUUUCUCCACCUCCUGCUCCUGCCUGAGCCACUGCUCCACCAGAUCUGCUUCCCAUGGCCUCACCAGGAACCCAGAAUGUCCCAGGGAUAUUCUGGUGGGCCAGCAGAGAGCCAGUGAGGAGCCAAAACUCCCUGAAUAUGGGUCCAAACCCAUCGUUUUUUAGAGGGACCUAGUUCCUUGUUUGUCUGUUACAUUGCUUUCUAGUCCAAGAGAUGGUCAAGUUUCUUUGCCUCAGCACCAGCCCUGUAGAUCAUGCCCUUGGUUUGGAAGGUUUCCUCUAGCCAGGACCACCCCUUGUACCCUGUUAACAGUAGAAGCUUGUUUGUGGUUCCAGCUGGCACCAGGGCUCCAUUCCUGGGCUGGAGCUUUUACCUGUAAAUAGUCAAUGAGCAGCUUCCCUGCUUCCUCCCACAGCCCACAGCCAGCUUCUGUGUCCCAAAUGAUUUUCCUUGGGUGCUGGGAGCAUUCCCAAACCCAUUAGCUGCUUCCCAGGUGCUCCAUCCUCUCGAGCUGUUUUGUUUGCUGCCAGGGAGGGGUUGCCAGGGGGUUAUUGCUGCGGUGCUGUCUCCUGCUUGCCCUGUGUGUGCAUCCAGGCCCUGCCUGUGUUUUAUUGCUGAAUGUAAUUCUGGAGUUCUCUGGACAUAGAUGUGUUGUGUCCAUGGUGCUUCCACUCCUCCAGGCCUUGGCAGUGGCCCUGCUGCUGUACUCCUGCUUUGACAGUGCCAUGUCAAAGUGGCUUUGCAAAAGAACACCCCAAACCAGUGAUGCCCAAACUGCCACUGCUUGCACCCACCAGCUCCUCAGGGCUUCUCAGAGCUAUGCUGAGCCCUUCCUGCUGCACCCUCUGCCAGCAGCACCAAAACAGAGCCUGUAGUGGUGUCCUGGUCUAAGAGAGCAGGUAAGACUGUGAGCCAGCAGGAUGAAGGUGGGAGAGGUGCCCUGGAAUGGCUGUGGUUGCUGGGAAGCUUCUCCAGCAGCCCAGUGGUGGUUAUUAGGAAGCCUCUCCAGCAGCCCAGCUGUCAACUGCCCUGCCUGCAGUGCCCUGGCAGCCUGAGCCUGCCCUUUGGUGGCUUCCUCACUUGCUGGAGUGGCUGUCCCAGAGAUGCCAGGCCAGUGGUUCCUUCACAGAAGGCAAAUGUCUCCCAUGAUGCCUUUUCCUCUCGGGGCUGUGUGCUGAGGACCCCCCAGGGCUGUUGGUUUGGGCAGUGCACAGGCUUCCACGGGCACAGGUGGCUCAUGGUGGUGGCACCUCCAUGCUGACAUGACCGUGGGUGGCUGUGGUGGUGCCACUCCUCACACUGGUGUGGCCAUGGGUGGCUUUAGCUAGCAUGGAGGCUGUGCAGCGCUGGCACCCACAGUCCCUCUUCCAUUGGCCACUGUGGCUGUUGGGACACAGUGGCUGCUGCAUGUCCUCCCUGGCGGGGUCUGAGGGAAGAGAGGAGUCCAAGAGAGCUGGGAUUGGGGCUGAGGCUGUGAACAACAGGAGGAAGCUUCCUGUUAGGAACUUGCUGUGUCCUUUCAAAGGCCUUGUCACAUGUGCCCUGCUGGCUUCCCAUGCCCUGUGUGCAUAGCUGAGUGCUGGGAUGUUGGCUUGUGCUGAGGGAGGGCCAGGACACAAAUCCCUUCUGCCAGAGCCAGAGGAGUGGCACAGCUUGUAGGGUUCAGGCUGCACAGCAUGCCAGGGCCCCCAGCAGCAGCUCUGGGAGCCGUUCUGUUGGGUACAAGCACAGAUCAUGGCAGUGUUUAUAAAGUUUCCAUGAAGUAAAACAA